AUGGAGCCUCUGAGCCUGGUGGUCCUGCUGGUUUCGGUGGGCAGUUUCUUUUCCUCUCAGUGGCUGUUUCACAGAGGGAGCCCCUGGCUGUCUGAACGGCUCACUCCAGCUUUCCUCACACUCAACCACACUCAGAGAACAGAGUGGAACUCCAGGGCCGUUUCCACUGUGCAUGCCUUGGUGGUGGGACUCCUGUGUCUCUACAUACUGCUGUUUGAUGAAGCAGUCAAGAAGGACCCGGUCUGGGGAGAUCCGACACUGGUGAAGCUGAAUGUGGGCAUAACCACAGGCUACCUCAUCUCAGAUCUGCUGCUGAUGAUCUGUUUCUGGGAUUUCAUAGGAGAGAAGUAUUUUGUCGUACAUCACCUUGCUGCUCUUUAUGCCUAUUACUAUGUGCUGAGUCAGGGAUUAUUGCCCUACUUUGCAAAUUUCCGGCUGCUCUCUGAAUUUUCCACCCCCUUUGUGAACCAGCGAUGGUUUCUUCAGGUGUUGGGUUACCACAAGCUUUCCAAGCCCAGCCUCGUGAACGGCAUAGCUAUGGCCUUCUCUUUUUUCCUGGUGAGGAUUGCAGUCAUUCCAGUCUAUUACAGCCAUAUGUACUCUGUGUACGGGACAGAAGCUUUCUAUAGGCUCCCCCUGGGGGCCCGCAGUGCCUGGCUCCUCUGCAGCCUCUGCCUGGACGUCAUGAACGUCAUGUGGAUGCGCAAGAUCCUCCGAGGCUGCCUCAAAGUGCUACGCUCCAGCCGAUGCCAAAAAGCAACAAAGACGGACUGA